AUGAGUUCUAAAGAAUUUGUUAAAACAGGAGAUAUCCUAAAUAAUCAAUUCAAGAUUAUUAAACUUAUUGAUUCAGGAGCAUAUGGAACUGUUUAUAAAUGUUUAGACACAAAUAAAAAAACUCAUGUUGCUAUGAAAGUAGAAGCUAAUAUCAUAAACUCGGAAUCCAAAUCAAAAAUAGAAUUAGAUGUUCUUAAAAUAUUAAUAGAUAAACAAAAUGUGGCUCAACUUAUUUAUAGUGAGAAAAAAAAAGAAUACACAUUUAUUGUAAUGAAUUUACUUGGAAAGAAUCUUUUUGAUCUUAUGAAUCUUUGUGGUACUUUCAAAUUAUCUACUAUUGCAAGAAUAGGAAUACAACUUCUUUAUGGAUUAAAAAAUUUACAUGAUGCUGGAUUUAUUCAUAGAGACAUUAAGCCUGAAAACAUAGCUAUUGGAAGGGGUAAUAAAAUGCGAAAAUUUAUUUAUCUUCUCGAUUUUGGAUUAUGUAGAAGAUUUAAAGACAAAGAAAAUCCAGGUAAAAUAAUACCACCAAGAACAAUUGCUCCUUUUUGUGGGACAUUAAUGUUUAGUAGUCUCAAUGCACAAAAUGAAAAGGAACAAGGAAGAGGAGAUGAUUUGAUUUCACUUGUUUAUGUUCUCAGUGAUUUUUCUAAUAAACUUCCAUGGUCAUCGGAAACUGAAGAGAAUGAAAUGAGACUUUUUAAAGAGAAAUUUCAUGGUAAAGAUUUAUUUCCUACAGAUAAAUCUUUAGCUGAUUUUUUUGAUUAUGUUAAAACUCUCAAAUAUGAAGAUGAACCAAAUUAUGAGAAACUUUUUCAAUAUUUAAAUAUAAUUAUUAAGGAAAAUAAUGUAAAAUUUUCUGAUCCAUAUGAAUGGGAAACAAUCUUAGAUAAAGCAGAAAAACCAAAUGUUAAGAAGAGUUUAAAACGAAAAGCUAAACUAGAUGACUUUUAUACUGCUAAAAAGUUUAAAAAUUUUGAAUCUUUUUUGUAA